UGGGAGCGAUCGCUGAGGCGAAAGAGGAGGAGGAGGAGGAGAAGGGAGGUGGAGGAGGCCGUCGCCACUUGGGACAGCGGGAGGAGGGGGGGCCGCCCGCGAGGAAAGGCCGAGGCAGGGAGGAGGAGGACCCUGUGGCUAUACUGGGAUCAGCACUCCUUCCUGUAAAUUCUGUGCAUACCUGUAGUGGUUGCAGCUAGCUGCAUCUCAAAUAGCAGCAAUGGCCACUGGCAGCGCUAACAGCGAAGAGGAGCGCAGCCUCCGUGAAUGUGAACACUAUGUCCAAAAACACAAUAUCCAACAACUCCUGAAGGAUUGCAUCGUCCAGCUAUGUACAGUGCGACCUGAGAGACCCAUGGCAUUCCUUCGGGAAUAUUUUGAAAGACUGGAGAAGGAAGAAACAAAACAGCUCAUGUGCCAGCAGAAAGCCAGCUCCCGUGCAGACUCGCGUGAAGAUGAGAUUUCUCCCCCUCCCCCCAUGAAUCCGGUGGUAAAGGGCCGCAGAAGGCGAGGUGCCAUCAGUGCAGAGGUUUACACAGAAGAGGAUGCUGCCUCUUAUGUCAGAAAGGUUAUUCCAAAAGAUUACAAGACUAUGGCUGCUUUGGCAAAAGCCAUAGAGAAGAAUGUGCUUUUUGCUCAUCUUGAUGACAAUGAAAGAAGUGAUAUUUUUGAUGCCAUGUUCCCUGUCACCUAUAUUGCUGGCGAGACUGUGAUACAGCAAGGUGAUGAAGGGGAUAACUUUUAUGUUGUUGAUCAAGGAGAAAUGGAUGUAUAUGUUAACAAUGAAUGGGCCACCAGUGUUGGAGAAGGGGGCAGCUUUGGUGAACUUGCACUGAUCUAUGGAACACCCCGAGCAGCAACUGUCAAAGCAAAAACUAAUGUGAAACUGUGGGGUAUUGAUAGAGACAGCUAUAGAAGAAUCCUUAUGGGUAGCACACUGAGAAAGAGAAAGAUGUAUGAAGAAUUUCUUAGUAAAGUGUCAAUAUUGGAAUCCCUUGACAAAUGGGAGCGUCUCACAGUAGCUGAUGCAUUAGAGCCAGUACAAUUUGAGGAUGGACAAAAGAUUGUGGUGCAGGGAGAACCAGGAGACGAGUUCUUCAUUAUUUUGGAGGGUACAGCUGCUGUGUUACAGCGCAGGUCAGAGCAUGAAGAAUUUGUUGAAGUGGGCAGGCUUGCACCAUCUGAUUAUUUUGGUGAAAUAGCUCUGUUGAUGAACCGUCCUCGUGCUGCCACGGUUGUUGCUCGUGGCCCAUUGAAAUGUGUAAAGCUCGACCGGCCCCGAUUUGAGCGUGUCUUGGGUCCAUGCUCAGAUAUUCUCAAGCGGAACAUCCAGCAGUACAACAGCUUUGUGUCUCUGUCUGUCUGAAGUCUCCCUUCUUCUUCAAAUACAUGCUUCACAAAUGCAGACUGCUUCAUUACUCUUGUGCAGAGCCACAUGGCCACUGGCUAUUGCAGCUUCCUGUCUGUCUGAGGGAGGAAAAAAAAGAAAGAAAUCAAUUGCUUUUCACGGCACCAUUUUAAAUUUUAGAGCAUUUAUUUUGGUGCUCCCAAUACCAUUUAAAAUAAAUAGAAAAUUAUAUGGAGACUUUUUGCUGUUACUGCUUCUCUCUGUGCAAUGUACAGUGUCCAACUCGGGCAGUGACUGCCAUUCCUUUCGCUGGGAAAAUUUCCUAGUACCAAGGUUAUUGCCAUAGAGUUAAGGAUGUAACAGUGGAAAAUUAUUAAGAGGCACACAUUUCUCAACUGGUGAGUUCCUACAUUUAUUUCAAGGCGUGGUCACUUUCUGCUGUAAGUACUUCUCUUAGCAGAGGAACUUGCCCUCUAAGCUCAACUUCUUGGCAUAAAUGUUCUGGAUAUGGUUAUCUUUGGUUUGGUUUACUGAGAUCAGCUCCUUAGUAAAACCACAGUUAGAGGUUUGAUAGUUUGAUGCAUCAGUAUCCAUUUCAGUUGGUUCAUGACGGGCUUGGUUGUCGUUUGUCAGGUUUUUGUGUACAAGCUUUUGUUCUGGCACCUGCUGCCAGUGUUGCUGAUAUUCUUGCCAUAGCUACCCUUCCCAUUUGCCUGUUCUCAGCUGUGAAUAUUCAUAUUUGCCCCUUCUAUUUUUUCCUGUGCAAUUUCUCAAUACCCAGCCAAUGGAUUAGACACCUAUAUAUUGCUGGUGGUGUUGGCAAAAUAAUUGCACUGCUCCUUAGCUAGUGCCAAAUAGUAUACCCCAUGCAGUGUAUGUAGACCAGGAAACUGAAGGGUGCAUCCUGUGCUUUCAGUCUUCUGUCUGACCCUUUCAAGUUUUGCCUUCCCUUUUAACUUCAGCACCAGAUAUUGAAUGGUUCUGUUGGCAUUCAAUGCAGGACCAGACUACACACUCCUUGUUAGACGACAAGAAUCUGGCUCAUGUGGAAGACUGGAAACAGAAAAUCAGUGUCCUGUUAAACUCUUGUUACUGAAUCUCUUUUGUCCAAUCAGAAGUUUUAGCAACUUCUAACCUUUCUCAGAUAUUCAGUCUGAGCAGAUGUUCAGUCUCGAGUCUUGUUCUCUUUGGUUUGUCCCAGAUUCUCAUACCGAUCUGACAGAAUAGCUUUUGGGAAAGUUGACCCUGUUGUCAAGUCUGAAAUGUGUUUCAGUAUUUACCAGGUUUGUGUUACAAUAUUUUGUGUGCACCCUGUGCUGCCUACUAUAUGGAAUGUUGCAGGUGGAUAUUGUAGGCAAUUUGGUUUCCUUAUAACAUGUAAAUUAUCUAAAACUAGUCUAGGGUUUUAUUUGGGAGUGACAGCAAGUAUUUUGCAUUAGUUGUGCAACUAUUUCUUACCAGUCCAGCUCCCUGCCAUUCCCUCCUUACUUUCCCCCCAGAAACUGGACCUGGUAUGUACCAUUCUGACUUGUUGGCUGCUGGAAAGAAUGCUUAAUUAAAUAUGAUUAGCAAUGUCUGGGGAAUAGGAGCCUAUAUAUAUAUAUAUAUAUAUAUAUAUAUAUAUAUAUAUAUAUAUAUGGGAAGGGGUAUUGACAUGUCCUCAUCUCUAGAUGCAUAUAAAAUGUAAAAUCUACAUUGUGAAUUCUUUCUGUCCAUGCUGAAGACACUGAUGAGGAUAUGCCUUUGGGAAUUUCCACGUGCUCUCUUUGGGAGUCCAUUAAUGCUAUUUUCCUCCAAAACUUCAUUCAGUUUGAAUCUAUCCAGGGAUUUCCCCCCCCCCCCAUACCUUUCUUACUUUUGAAGCUUGAUUUGAUCCUUGUUAAAAGCACCAAAAAGAUUUUAAAUCUUAUGUAAGCUAGUUAGAGCGCCACAAAAAUGCACAUUUUUUUAUAUAAGGCUUUCUAAUCAAGUUUCACUACUGCGUCUUUUUAGCUUGCUGUUAACUCCCUUUUGUAGUUUUACCAACAAGAUUUUAAGAUGAACCAGCUACGUCUGAGUUAAAUAUUAAUCACAGUUAAAGCUUUACCUUUGUGUGCAAUUUAAACAUGUUUGAAUCCACAGUUGGUAUAGUUUGCCUUAGCUAACAUUCAGGGCUUUAGAGGUAAUCUUUUUUGCUAGGACACCUUAGCAAAUUAAAAAAAAAUCUACUGCCCUAGAGUGCUAUAGUCAACCAGAGGACCAUUUUUGUAUCGUUACCUGACUAUAAGUCUGACUUACUGUAUGUGCUAAUAUAUUCCUUUUGUUAUAGAUUGUCCUAAUGGCAGGUAAAGCAAUAAAAUGAUUUAAAUUCUUAA